CAAUUAUCAACGUUUACCAAACCCCCCUCACUUUUCACUUUCCUAAAACCCCUCCGACACUCUCAAAAACGUCAUACUCUUAUCCUUUAUAAAGCCAAGCCACCACCAUUUAAAGCAAAGUCUCAUUUUCGAAGUAAUCCCCAUCUGUUUGUGAACUGUCUUGUCAACUGUUCAAUUUCCAAAAGUUCCCGUGUCUUGUGCUUUACAAAAGUUUCUUUUGCAGUUUUGUUUCACAUUUGAUUUAAAAUUGGGUUGAAAAAGUAAGUUUCAAGAUUGCCCUUUUGCCAUCUUUGGAUUCUUGAAAAAGUUUUAGUUUGAAAAAAACAAUAAGUUUUGGUGGCACCCUUUAUGCAGAUUUUGGAUUCUUGAAAAGAUUUAGUCUUUUUCCUUGUUUUGAGAUUCUGAAGGUGUUGAAUUCUUUAGUCAUUAGACCUGUUAGGUAUAUUGGUUGUAGAUCUUAAAAGGGGUUGGGAUAUUCUUGAUCUUGAAAUGGAACCAGUAAGAUUUACAUUGGGUAAGCAAUCGUCCCUUGCACCAGAAAGGGUGGUUGAGGCAGUGGAAAUUGAGAGUGAAGAUGGGGAAGAAGGGGAUGUUAUAGAUAUUGAUCCAAGGAUUAGGUUGAUGUAUUCAGCUAAUGAGGGUGAUAUAGAGGGGAUCAAGGAGCUAUUGGGUUCAGGAACUGAUGUAAAUUUUCGAGACGAUGAUGAGAGGACUGCUUUACAUGUUGCUGCUUGCCAAGGUUACAGUGAUGUUGUGCAGCUGUUGCUUGAUAAUGGGGCUGAAAUUGAUUCCAAAGAUCGAUGGGGAAGCACGCCUCUUGGAGAUGCAAUACAUUAUAAAAAUCAUCAUGUGAUCAAGCUACUGGAGGAACAUGGCGCCAAGCCUCCUAUGGCUCCCAUGCAUGUCAAUAAUUCACGUGAAGUUCCAGAAUAUGAGAUUGAUGCUAAAGAAAUUGAUUUCACUAACAGCGUUGGAUUGGCCAAGGGAACCUUUCAUAUUGCCUCAUGGCGUGGAAUACAAGUUGCUGUGAAAAAGUUUGGAGAUGAUGUGAUUGCUGAUGAGGAUAAAGUGACGGCAUUCAGAGACGAGCUUGCACUGCUCCAGAAGAUAAGACAUCCAAAUGUUGUCCAAUUUCUUGGUGCUGUAACACAAAGUAGCCCGAUGAUGAUAGUGACAGAAUACUUACCAAAAGGUGAUCUCCAUGCAUAUUUGAAGAGUGAAGGACCUCUUAGACCAACCAAAGCUAUCAGAUUUGCAAUGGACAUCGCAAGGGGAUUGAACUAUCUACAUGAAAUUAGACCGGAAGCGAUUAUUCAUCGUGACCUGGAGCCUUCAAAUAUUUUGCGGGAUGAUACUGGACACCUGAAAGUUGCGGAUUUCGGAGUCAGUAAGCUAUUGAAAGUUACCAACAGGGUAAAAGAAGAUAAGCCUCUGACAUGUGAUAACACAUCUUGCCGAUAUGUGGCUCCAGAGGUCUUCAAAAAUGAGGAAUAUGACACCAAAGUUGAUGUCUUUGCCUUUGCUUUAAUUUUGCAAGAGAUGAUUGAAGGCUGCCCACCUUUCCAAGCGAAGAAAGAAAAUGAAGUACCUAAAUUCUAUGCUGCUAAGGAGCGCCCUCCUUUUAAAGCCCCCGGAAAGUUUUAUGCCCAUGGACUCAGGGAGUUGAUUGAAGAGUGUUGGGAUGAGAAUCCGGCCAUGCGUCCAACUUUCAAGAAAAUAAUCCCAAGGCUCGAGGCCAUUUACAGCAAAUUUGGCCACAAAAGGCGUUGGAAGGUUAGACCAUUGAAAUGUUUUCAAAAUUUCGAGGCCAUGUGGAAGAAAGAAAACUCAAGUAGGAACGGAUCAUCACGAUCAAACAGCAGCAUCUAGCAAAUUGUGGAUAUUUCCUUUGUUCAAAGUGUGCAUAUGCUUCCUUCUCAGAUUUCUGGCAAUGAUUUCAUCAGUAUUAGGAACUUGUAUCACUUUUUCUAGCUUUAAAUCUUUAGAUGUCCAAAACAAAUGGUCAUCCUUUUUCUCUUUGCCUCUUUCUGUUGAGAUCCAUAUUGUUUAUGUACAUUAUAUUAGAUCAAUUGUUCAUGGUGCAAAUGCUAGGCUUUCCUCUC